AUGGGUCCCAAUGUGAAGGACAAUCCAAUGCCAAGUCAUGGUCCUUCAUCAGUGAACAAUAUAGAAGUUUGUCUCAAUGAACAACGUGUUACGAAGAUAGAGGAGAUUCGGCGGUCUUUGGUUGAAAUUCAUUCUGUUUUAUGUGCUCAUGGUCUAUUCCAACAUGACCACCAGAUCUGUGGUACAUGUUCAGUCAAUUCAAGAGGUUGUAGAAAGAUUCAAGAUGAUUUGCAAGGCGUCUUUGAUCAGGGUUUGAUUCAGACUUCUAGACAAGCGAGUUCUCCAGAAUCACAAGAACAAGAGGUGAAUGUCAUCAUUCCUUGCUUCAACAUUCCAGAGAAAGUAGAGAUAGCUUAUCAUCCGAGGGAGCCAGUGGUGAUUUUCCCUCCGGGCCCAAUGCCUUACACUUCAGAUAAAGCGGUCCCCUACCGCUAUGCAGCAACUAUUAUUGAGAACGGUAAAGAGGUCGAGAUUAAAACCUUAGCCUCAGUUACCAAUAUCGCAGCAAAUAGCCGAAUGACGCGCAGUGGCCGCGUGUUCGCUCCGCCGGUUAUCCCAAGUAGAAAUGUUGAGAAAGAUCCAGUAGUCGUGGUACCAGUGACAAGAGAAGCAGAAGGGCAAACAAGAAAUUCAACCCUUGACAAAGAAACAGAUGAACUACUCAGAAUUAUCAAGCUCAGUGACUACAAAGUGGUAGAUCAGUUGCUACAGACACCGUCAAAAAUCUCGAUCCUGUCCUUAUUAUUGAACUCAGCUGUCCACAGAGAAGCACUACUGAAGGUGCUUGAUCAAGCCUUUGUAGAACAGGAUAUAACAGCAGAGCAGUUCAACAAUGUUGUAGGCAGCAUCACUUCGUGCAAUGGCUUAGGCUUUUGUGAUGAAGAACUGCCAGAAGAAGGAAAGAAUCACAACUUCGCUCUCCAUAUCUCAGCCAAUUGUCAAGGGGAUUCUUUGUCUAAUAUCCUAAUUGACGCCGGUUCAUCUCUGAAUGUCAUGCCUAAGUCUACCUUGUUGAAGCUAAAGUACAAAGGGGGGCAAAUGCGGCACAGUGGAAUUAUUGUGAAAGCGUUCGAUGGAUCAAGAAAAACAGUCAUUGGAGAAGUUGAUUUGCCUAUUGGUAUUGGACCACACGUAUUCCAGAUCACUUUCCAGGUUAUGGACAUAGUGCCAGCUUAUAGCUGUCUGUUCGGACGCCCAUGGAUUCAUGAGGCGGGUGCCAUUACAUCCACGUUACACCAAAAGUUAAAGUUUGUCAAGAAUGGGCAAAUAGUGACGGUUAAUGGGGAGCAGGCUAUGCUGAUUAGCCACCUUUCAUCGUUUAGUGUGAUAGAAGUAGACGAGACGGCUGUUCAAACUCCAUUUCAGGCCCUGACCAUCGAUGAUUACAAGAAAAGUGAAGGUUCAAUCGCGUCAUUCAAAGACGCCCAGCAGAUUGUCAAGACAGGUCCUACAGAAAUGUGGGGCAAGGUGAUAGAGUUGCCAGAAAACGUUAACCAUGCAGGAUUAGACUUUGUUGAUGGAAAACAAGUGCAGACUUCAGUGGUGCGACCUUUCAAAGAUAUCUUUCACAGCGGUGGGUUUAUCAACAUGGUAGCAGUUGAAGAGGAUACUUUUGAGAAAAAGACAGAAGACGAAGGCCCCAGAUUUGUGACACCAGGAUUGAUGGUGCUUUGGUCUCCAUAA